CCUAAACAAGCAAAACAUUCCCAUCGAAAGCAAGUGGCCGCCACAGCAUAGGACACGUCGAUCAACUGUGCAUAUAAACAAAAACGAAAAGUAGUCGCUUCCGCUCGUUUCCACUUGUUUGGGGGGUUUUGGGCCCUUGUGUAAUCAUGUCUGGUCAGCAGUAAUAGAAGCCGUGUCAUCAAUUUUUGAUGGUUUCCCCUCUUUCCGUAGCAUCGAUUUUUGCUACCGCACAAUUUUCUGUAAAACGAGAAAGCACAAAAGCAUAAAAUAUCGUCAGAAUGGAUGAAACAGCGAUGUUGUUCGCGCUGGUUAUCGUGAUGUUGGUCGGGUCCUACCUGGCCGGAAACAUUCCCCUUAUAAUGUCACUGUCGGAGGAAAAGUUAAAGAAUGUGUCCAUAUUCGGAGCAGGUUUGCUGGUUGGUACGGCUCUGACCGUUAUUAUACCCGAAGGAAUCCGAUCUCUGUACGAUGAAAGAUCAUUAGAACAGGCAGCCAAAGGGCCCGGAACAUCAUCUGGUCUGCCGGUAGACGAGCACAAGCACGAGCACAGCAACGAUGAGCAUUCCGCUACGAUAGGCCUGUCCCUGGUGCUUGGAUUCGUGUUCAUGAUGCUCGUGGAUCAGGUGUCCUCACGGCGUACGGAAGGUUCGAGCGAACGUAAUCUUACUGCCACAAUUGGACUGGUGGUACACGCCGCUGCGGAUGGUGUGGCCCUCGGAGCGGCCGCCACCACAAGCCACUCGGAUGUGGAGAUCAUUGUGUUCCUCGCCAUUAUGUUACACAAAGCACCGGCAGCAUUCGGACUGGUGAGCUUUCUGCUACACGAGGGUGUUGAGCGAGACCGGAUUCGAAAGCACCUCCUCAUCUUUGCCCUUGCCGCACCGGCACUGACCCUUCUGACAUACUUUGGCAUCGGAAGCGAACAGAAGGAAACGCUCGAAUCGCUCAAUGCGACCGGAAUUGCAAUGCUGUUUUCGGCUGGAACCUUCCUGUAUGUGGCCACUGUGCACGUCCUGCCAGAGCUAACGCAUCGUAGUGACCAUGGACACGGGCACAGCCACGCGCAUCACCACGGAAACUACAGUUUGCUGGAGCAGCAACCACCAAGCUCAUCGGCCGCCGUCAGUGGGAAACCGUCCCCAUCGUCAGGUGGUCCGGGUGGACUGAAAAACUACGAGCUGGGUCUACUUAUACUUGGUGCUUUGGCACCAUUAUUCUUAACGCUAGGUCACCAUCACUAGUGCCGUGUGCCGGUGGAGAGUGCUCGACCUUUUAAAACAUUUGCCAAAUUCGUCAAACCGCCGUCGUUUUCGUACCAAGUCGAAAGUGGGUUCGUAAAGUAGUGGGUGCGGAAAGUGUCGCACACAAAACAUCGUGUUAGUUCGCGGCAUUUGUAAAUGUUUUGUUUCUUCUAUUGUGAUUCAUGUUUUAUUACAACUUUCAGUUCGUAAUAUUCCUCCUUCCAACAGGCAAUGUGCUAGCAAGUAUGGUAUUAGUUGUAACGACAGUAGCAAUAACUACGAGAUUGUUUGUAUAAGUGCGAAAAUUGGUUGCGUUUAGCUUCAUUUAAAGUGUCUCGUUAAACGCAUUUAUUUUUCAUUCUUCUUUCCUAAACGGGUUCGUUCGCAUAGGCUUCUGAAAUUGUAGUACUAGACGAUCAAAACAAUAACAAUCAAUAAAACAUUCGAACAAACAUUAUCAAA